AUGGCAGAAUUUAAGAUGACAGAUUUAGGAGAACUUCAUCAUUUUCUUGGCAUUGAAGUUCAUCAAUCCGAGAAAGGAAUUUUUAUUUCACAAGAGAGCUACGCAAAGGAAGUUCUAAAACAGUUCAUGAUGGAAAAUGCGAAUCCAGUCUCUACUCCAUGCAUUACAAGUCUGAAGUUAUCUAAAGAGGGUGAAGGAAAGCUUGUCAAUUCCACCAUAUUCAGAAGUUUGGUUGGGAAGUUGAUGUAUCUGACUUCGACAAGGCCUGACAUCGUGUAUGUUGUUAGCUUGGUGAGUAGAUUCAUAGAGAAACCUUACUCCAACCACUGGGAGGUUGCCAAGAGAAUAUUGAGAUAUGUGAAGGGAACCAUUGAGUAUGGAAUUUUCUAUAAAGCUAAUACAUUAGUUGAUCUCAUUGGUUAUACGGAUAGUGAUUUAGCAGGAAGCAUUGAUGAUAGCAGAAGCACUUCUGGUUAUGUUUUUCACCUUGGUAGUGGUGCAGCUUCAUGGAGCUCAAAGAAGCAAUCAGUUGUGGCGUUUUCGACUACAGAAGUUGAAUAUAUCGCUGCAUCUUAUGCAGGAUGUCAAUUGAUUUGA